GCAGCCUGCCCAGCCAUGGCAGCCUCGCUGAGCCGCCCCUGCUUCAUCUCCCUCCACCUGCCCUACAGGCAGGGCUGGGCCCAGCACCUGGCCAACACCUUUCGCUUCCGGCCAGUGGCCGUGCGGGAGACGCCGUGUGUCCGGCAACUGGCCUUGCGACGGGAAUCUGCCAUCUUCCUGGUCAACGAGCGCCUGGCACCUGCCAGCACCUCAACUCAUGAUUUCCUCUAUGAUGUAGAUCCCCAGCCCACCUUGGGCACAGCCUCCAACAUCUGCUUCGAGGUAGAUGAUGUGCCCGGGCUCUGCAAGUGGCUGCAGAGCCAGGGAUGCUCCUUGCUGGUGCCCCCCACUGAGCUGGGUGAUGAAGGUGGUUCUGUCACCUAUGGGGUGGUGAGCUCUGUUGUGGGCAACAUCAGCCACACCCUUCUGGACCGAUCCUGCUACCAGGGACCCUUCCUGCCUGGCUUCCAGCCCAUCCAAGGAGCCCCCUCAGCCACAGGGGAUGGGAUCAAGAUCACUCACUUUGACCACAUCACGUACGUCUGCCCCCGGGGUGGGGCCCGGGUGGCUCUGGACUGGUACCAGCGCUGCUUCGGCUUCCACCGCUUCCUGCUGAACCCCCAGGAGAGGCCGGCUGAGGGGUAUGUGCUGGGGGGGCAGGGUGUGGGCAUGCUGCUCCUCGCACUGCAGAGUGCCCAGGGCACCCCAGCACAUGGCUGCAAGCUGGUCUUUGCCGAGUCCCUCUCCCAGAAUGGCACCAACCAGGUCGACACAUUCCUGGAGCAGCAUGGCGGGGCUGGGAUCCAGCACGUUGGCCUCUGCACCACUGACAUCGUCAGCACGACCAGGGCUCUGCAGCAGCAAGGGGCACGGUUCUUCACACCCCCAACCGCAUAUUACAAGCAGGGGGGCAAAGCAGAAGAGAUCCAAGGAGCUGGGCAGGACCCCCAUAUGCUGGCAGAGCUUGGCAUCCUCCUGGACACCACAGUGCCUGGGGACAAGGGACAGCCAGGCACUGAUGCCACAGAGAGCCCUUCUCGGGAAUAUUUGAUGCAGAUCUUCACCCAUCCCAUCUUCUCCGAGGAGACCUUCUUCCUGGAGCUCAUUGACCGUCGGGGAGCGCCGGGCUUUGGGGAAGGCAAUAUCCGGGCACUGUGGAAAGCUGUGCAGGUCUACAUGGACCAGCAGCAGUAGUGCAACA